UGACUGCCCUUUCAAAUAUCCUUUUUGGCUCUUGAAAAACUAGUCUGACGAUCUUCCCGACACAACCCUCACUUACCUACCAGAGUCGGACCUUCCGCCUUUGACCUCGACAAGACGGUCGCUUAUACACUAUCUACAAGCAAUAUACUACUAUACAACCAGGACCAACAUCAAAGAAGAUCAGGUGUGAACCAGUCAUCGCAGUCAAGAUGUGCCAAAAGGUCUUCUACACCUAUGCGUGCCAGCAUGUUGAGUGCGUCACCUAUGACUGCAUCAAGAGCCGUGGAUCCACAAGAAAUGGCUGCAUGCAUCGCGAACCAUCCGAGCAUACCAGCCUCAAGGAUCAGAUCUGCCACGACUGCAACGAGGUGAUUCGAAUCACGAGGCAGAAUCGCCAUGGUACCAGAGUGAUGGGUGAAUGGGAGCAGCGGAUUCACCACUACAACAACGUCAUGGAACGUGCUCAAAUCAUCUUGGAUCACCAGCAAACUUCCCAGGCUCAACAAAGGCAACAAGGCCAGCAGGCGCAGAGCCGUCCAGAUCAACAGUCAAUCUCGCCCAGUGGCAAGACCAUUCGCCCCCUGGAGUCGAACAAGAUGGGCAACAUGAGGCGUGAGGAAAACAUUCCCGUUGCCCCCAGCAGGUUGUACAAUAUGAGUGUGGCCCGGGACACCUGGUUCGCAGUCCAGCGCGGUCGAAAUGCACUUUAAGAGAGAGAGAGAGAGAGAGAGAGAGAGAGAGGCUUGAGGCUUGGGGCCUUGACGAGAUGGGCUUUUUCUUUUCUUUUUGGAG